UCCUUCACGGGCGACAUAUAAAGCUCACGGCCACCGUCUUCAAGCAGCAACAAAGCCCAAGCCGUCGGCGGCGACGGAGGAGAUAUUGCUUCUCUCGUACGGCCUCUCUCGUGCGGAGAGAGAGAGAGAGGGAGGGAGUCCCGAGUUUCCUUAUCUGUGCUCUUACGAUCAUGUCCGCCUCUAGGGUUCCCCUUCUCUAGUAGGGUGGAGGAAUUGGUAAAACUUCUUUCCCGCGGCUGAAAGGGAUAAUUCUUGACUUCUUCGAUCUUCUUUCCCGAUGGAGGACGGAAUUCUGCUGCGCACAUUGGGUGUCACUUCCGCGAACCCCGAAGAAAUUGAGCGGCAUGUUAUUGCUGAAGCAGAGGGGCAAAAUGAUGCUGGGAGUAGAGGCAGCAGCGAAGAUGGGGAGCCGCUGGACGAGGAUACUCUCGUUAAGUCCAAAGUCGUUGAUCCUUCAUCUUCUGCUCAGACGAAACUGUACAAUAAGCUUAGGGCGAUAGAGUAUGAGAUAGAUGCUGUGGUGUCGUCCGUUGAGCAAGUUAAAAAUGCAGCGGACAAUGAGAGCAGAGAUCGUGAUGACAAUGAUAGCCCUGGUGCUGCGGAUAAAGAAGACCAGACGACUGUUUUUCAGUCAUCUCGGAACGGCUUUAAUCUCCACCAUGCCCUAGCUGCUGACAGGCUGAGAAGCCUCAAGCAAACUAAGUCUCAACUCGAGAAGGAACUGUCGGAACUGCAAGAGGGCCAACCCUCGAAAGCGAAGGAGCAUGAUAGGUUGUUGAGGAGCUUUGUGAAGGACGAGCCUUCGCUGAAAAGGAAACCCAAGGCAGUUCAAAAGACAGACAAAAAGAAAGAGAAGCGGCAAAAGAUAUCUUCCUUCAAUGAUGAUGAUGAUUUUGAUGCUGUAUUAGAUGCGGCAUCUGUUGGAUUUGUUGAAACAGAAAGGGAUGAAUUGGUCCGGAAAGGGCUUUUUACUCCAUUUCAUAAACUUAAGGGGUAUGAACGCCGAAUUCAAGAACCGGGCUCAUCGCAUCGAUCUGAUGUAUCUGAGCAUCAAGACAGCAGCAAUGACCUUGCUUCUACGAGUGUUGAUAGGAUUGCACAAUCAAUGUCAGAAGCAGCCCAAGCACGGUCAGCUACUAAGCUGGUUGAUUCAGAAGCCCUGCCAAAGCUUGACCCGCCCACCUUUCCUUUUCAAAGACUGAAAACACGAGUUAGACCUCCUAGGUCUCCCGGGAGGGAGGCAGGGGAUUCUGGAAAGAGAAAGAAACGACCUUUACCGGACAAGAAAUGGAGAAAAGCUGUUUCCCGUGAGGAUAAUCGAUUAGGAGAUGGUGAUAGCGCAAAUGACAACUCAGUCACCUUAAGUUACGAGGAAGAAAAGCAAGAUGAUGUUGAUAGUGAAGUUAUUGAUAGCGACCAGCCCCCUAGUGUUAUUCUGGAGGGAGGCCUCAAAAUCCCUGAAUCAAUGUUCAGCAAGCUUUUUGACUAUCAAAAGGUGGGAGUCCAGUGGCUCUGGGAAUUGCACUGCCAGAGAGCUGGUGGAAUAAUUGGGGACGAGAUGGGCCUUGGUAAGACCGUCCAAGUCUUGUCAUUUCUGGGAGCAUUGCACUUCAGCAAUAUGUAUAAGCCUAGUAUUGUUGUUUGCCCUGUCACACUUCUGCGCCAAUGGAAAAGAGAAGCUCAGAAAUGGUACCCGCGCUUUCAUGUGGAGAUUUUACAUGAUUCUGCGCAUGAUAUGGCUAACCAGAAGAGGCGAGGUAAAUAUAGUGAAAGUGAUUAUGAUAGUGACGAUUCAAUUGACAGUGAUGAAGAAGAAAAAUUACAAUCUAAGAACAAAAAAAACUGGGAUUCAUUGAUUAAACAUGUUCUGGGGUCAGAAUCUGGAUUACUGAUAACGACAUAUGAACAGCUCCGCCUGCUGGGGGAUAAAUUACUUGAUAUUGAAUGGGGUUAUACAGUUCUUGAUGAGGGACACCGGAUCCGAAAUCCAAAUGCAGAGAUCACCCUUGUCUGCAAACAGCUGCAGACAGUGCACAGAAUAAUCAUGACAGGGGCACCGAUACAGAAUAGGCUGUCAGAACUUUGGUCUCUGUUUGAUUUUGUCUUCCCUGGAAAAUUGGGUGUAUUACCAGUAUUUGAGGCAGAGUUUGCAGUCCCUAUAACAGUUGGUGGUUAUGCUAAUGCUUCACCUUUACAAGUAUCCACAGCUUACAGGUGUGCUGUGGUCUUGCGAGACUUAAUCAUGCCCUAUCUUCUUCGUCGAAUGAAAGCAGAUGUGAGUGUGCAGCUCCCCAAGAAGACAGAGCAUGUCCUUUUCUGCAGUCUCACUGCAGAGCAGCGCUCUGUUUAUCGAGCAUUCCUUGCUAGUUCUGAUGUGGAACAAAUAUUAGAUGGUAAUCGGAGAUCUCUUUAUGGAAUCGAUGUUAUGCGCAAGAUAUGCAAUCACCCUGAUCUGCUUGAGAGAGAACAUUCUCAAUCCAAUCCAGACUACGGGAAUCCUGAACGCAGCGGAAAGAUGAAGGUUGUCGCUGAAGUUCUUAAGGUUUGGAAGGAGCAAGGUCACCGUGUUCUUCUCUUUGCUCAAACUCAGCAGAUGCUAGAUAUUGUUGAGAAUUUCUUGAUCUCAUGUGAAUAUAACUACAGAAGGAUGGAUGGUCUCACUCCGGUGAAACAGAGAAUGGCUUUGAUAGAUGAAUUUAACGACUCUAACGAUGUGUUCAUUUUUAUACUUACAACCAAAGUUGGUGGUUUGGGGACUAAUCUAACUGGCGCCGACAGAGUGAUCAUCUUUGAUCCUGACUGGAAUCCUUCAACUGAUAUGCAGGCUAGGGAGCGUGCCUGGCGUAUUGGCCAAAAGCGGGAUGUGACAGUAUAUAGAUUGAUCACACGUGGAACUAUAGAGGAGAAAGUAUAUCACCGGCAGAUUUAUAAGCAUUUUCUGACGAAUAAAAUUCUGAAGAACCCACAGCAAAGAAGAUUCUUUAAAGCUCGUGACAUGAAGGAUCUUUUCAUUCUAAAUGAUGAAGGAGAUAGUGGAACCACUGAGACAUCAAACAUCUUCAGACAGUUGUCUGAAGAUUUGGAUGUCAUCGGGGCCCAGAAUGAUAAGGACAGUAGCAGGAAGACUUCGCGAAGCGGUGCAUCCAAGAAAGCUCAGUCCAGUAAGAACUACGCGGAUGUAGGAUCUUCAAGGAUGAAAGGGAAGGAAAAGGCAGAAAAGACCAGCAACGAAGUUGAUGGAGAAACUGAUAUUUUGAAGUCUCUCUUGGAUGCCCAUGGGAUACAUAGUGCUGUGAACCACGAUGUUAUCAUGAAUGCGCACGACGGAGAGAAGCUAAGGCUGGAGGAGCAAGCUUCACAGGUUGCACAGAGAGCCGCAGAAGCAUUGCGCCAAUCAAGAAUGCUCCGGAGCCAUGAGAGCAUCUCCAUCCCCACAUGGACUGGGAAAUCAGGAGCAGCUGGGGCACCCAUUUCUUCAUCAAAAAAAUUCGGCUCCACUGUAUACUCCCAACUGAUCAGGCACGACCCACCAAUCAAUGGAGUAACUGCGGGCGUUUCAUCGGGGAAGGCAUUGUCUUCCUCUGAGCUGCUCGCAAGGAUUCGAGGGAACCAGGAGAGGGCUGUAGGGGCAGCCCUAGAGUCUCAGAAUGGGAGGGUCCCCAACACAGGAGGGCCCUCCAGAUCGUUCAGCUGCUCAUCAAGCGUGCAGCCAGAAGUGUUGAUCCGUCAGAUCUGCACAUACAUUCAGCAGAGGGGCGGGAGUGCCAGCUCGGCGAGCAUAGUGGAGCAUUUCAAGGACAGAGUCCCUUCCAAGGAUCUGCCCCUUUUCAAGAGCCUUCUGAAGGAGAUAGCCUCCCUCCAGAAGAACCCUAAUGGGUCGGUAUGGGUUCUUAAAGCUGAAUACCAACAGCAAUAAGGUACAUAGCCCAAGCUUCGCCUCCUUGCUCCGGCGAUGAAUGACCUUUGCUUUAGGUUCAAGUCCGUCAGGGGCUUUAAGUGUUUCCGUAGGACAGUUUUGUAUGUUUUGGUUUCUCUCCAUUAUUUUGCCAUUAGUGCAGUGGUGGGGAGGGUAGAAAUGUCCAAGAAAUUUUGUUUAGGGCCAAAAUUUUUUUGUUAUACAGUGUACAUAUUCGGAGAUUAAAUACAUCAGAAAUUCCAUUGUUGUGGACUUGGAAGUA